AUGAAACCGACAGGGCUGCCGUGGACCAGGGCGGAGGUUGUAGCAGGCGUGAACAGCGUGGUGCAGUGGGCACUCACUCAGGCCACCUUUCUGAACCCGACUAUCACCGGAACUCAGCUCCACGGCUUGGCUGUCGGAGCCUUCGCUCUUUCGUGGAUCUAUUUCAACAACGGUGGCAUCAAGACAAACAACAUUAUUCCCUCGGUAUCCCUACAGGGUGGUGCCAGCGCCACCUCUUGCCAGGAGCAGACGGCUACACAAUGCGGUGCAGAGUGUGGUGUGCUUUCGUGGGCGCCUCAAUUCGACUGUACCACAACCUGCUCAACGGUCACAAGCUGCGACGCCCAGUCGGCACUCUCUACGACGGUGACAAGCACCAAGACGGCCACCGGUUCUACGCCGACGGGGGGUUCUUCGGACGCAAACGGGCAGCAGAUCGCGGUGGCGUCGUACAUCAAUCCGCUCGCAGACCCUUCUGCCUGGAACCGCCUGAUCGGGUAUUCUGUGGAUAAAAUGCCUAUCUUGGUUGCCAACGUCGUCAAUGGUCCGGACUCUACCAAGAACACGAACUGGGUUGACGUUAUCGAUCGAGCCUCGGCUUCUGGUAAAACGGUCCUCGGCUAUGUGCGAACCGGAUACCUUGGUGUGAGCGAUCAGAGAUUCCUAACGCGGCUUGGCUCAGGUGACUUGGCGGAUUGGACCGCUCAAAUUGAGGAAGAUAUCGAUAUGUGGUACACACUGUAUGGCAGCAGUAUCGGUGGUAUCUUUUUCGACGAGGGUUGGCCUGAAUGUGGCACCAACAAUAAAUACGUGGACCUAUACAAGUACAUCAACGACUACACCAAGCGUGCCCACCCCGGCGCGUACACAGUCCUGAAUCCUGGGUCACCUAUGGAGGCUUGCUUCGAGGAUACCAUGGACACACUAUUGACUUUUGAACUGAGUUACACUGCUUACACCGGAUCCUACACACCGAAUACCUGGGUACCAAAGGACCCGCGGAAGCUCUGGCACAUUGUAUACAACGUGCCGGAAUCCGCGAUUGGCGAGGUAGUCAAGUUAGCUAAGGAACGCGGAGCUGGCUUCCUUCAAAUCACAGAUGACAUCAUGCCCAAUCCAUACGAUAAUCUACCUGGCGACUCCUACAUGCUAAGCAUGGUGAAGGAAGUGGAAGGUGGUUCUCUGUUGAACACCGAUGCGACAUCCUGGAAAUCUGGAAAAGUUGCAGGAGAGAUGUCAACACUGACAGUUGAGGCAUUUGACUAUACUUCUGCUCGAUUAUCCUGGGCGCUGGCCUCAAAUGCUCUGGGAUACAAGGUGUAUUCGGGCAACACUGUCGUUGCAAGCGUCCCAGACUCAAUGACUACAAUCACGCUUGGUGGCCUCAGCCCAGGAGCUAGCCAUGCGCUCCACGUGGCAGCUGUGGGAGGAGGCGGCCAGAUGGGAUCCUCUUCGAACACGGUCACGGUCAACACCCAAUCUUUGCCAAGCGGGAAGACCGUCACCAAUUGGAAGUCAGUUCCCAGUGAGGGGUUGACUACAAUCAAGGCUGAUAUUCUCGUUCCUUACGCCUUCAUCCGACUCUAUAUCUGGGACCAGGUGGGAUGCGAUUUCGAUACCGAUCCGGGAUGGAGUGUCAACUUCAAAGUUGACAAAUACGUCUGCACCAAGUACAUGGUCGAGGACACAACGCUAUACAAAUACACUGGCACCGUUCCUGCAGGCUCUACAGCUCCGCCUUGGUCUUGGUCCAGCAUCGGGACCGUUACUCUUGAUAUCACGGACUACACGUACACGUGGACAUUGCCUCUGGGAACCGCUACCAUUGACACGAGCAAAUUCGUGAUUCAAACAGAAGGCUACAAUCCGACGGAAAGCUAUGCCGUGCCAACUCCCGACGAUUAUGACUGCGAGGGCUCGAUUAUGUGCUCGACCCCAGAUCUUUUGAAGUGGUGUGACCACGCCGUCAAUGUGCUACAUCGAACCGACUAUCUUGAUUACUCGACUACUGGCUCCUCUCUCGAUGGAAACUGCUGGGGCGAUCAGACUCGGGGCUGCAAAGUCUUCAUACAAGGUGACAACUGCAGUAUCAGUGGUAACGACAUGUGGAAUGACUACCAAAACAUUCGCAAAAUUGGCGGCUGUAAAAAGUGUGGCACGUACCACAUAGGACAGGGCUGUCUAGUUACUAUCGACUAUGUCUACGGAUGUAACAACCACUAG